GUUAUGAGUGCCCGUGCUGCACGAAGCCGUUCCAACAUGGCCACCGGUGGCACGCUCACUGUCUGUCAUGCAGCCUGAAAGUAGAAAAACGUUACAAGUGAGCAUGUUGUAAACGUCGAAAUGUCCUGCGUCAAGCCGAUGGCGCUGUACUUCGUUGCACGGCUUGUAUCCGCAACUGUUUUUCUCUCUUGGUCCCGAGUCAGUGUUAAAGGAUCUCUCUAUUUCUCAAGUUGCUGUGUCAAGUUGAUGCAUAUUUGUUCGCAAACGAUGAUCACCGCUCUUUCAACAGGAAAAUAAAAGCCAGGAUGAAAAAGUGAUUCUGAAUGUGGCCGAGAGCAAACAUCAAAAUAGUAAUCUCGUCAGCAACAGACCUUCUCAGCCACUAAGUCCUCGACACCGUAGAAAACAAGCACAUUGCCCUGUUUAAACUCGGUGGUCAAUCAUGCGAGAGUACUCACCACAUUCUAUGCCCAUGUGAUAAUCGCUGUAUCUACAUGUACAGUUAUGAGUGCCCGUGCUGCACGAAGCCGUUCCAACAUGGCCAUUGGUGGCACACUCACUGUCUGUCAUGCAGUCUGAAAGUAGAAAAACGUUACAAGUGAGCAUGUUGUACACGUCGAAAUGUCCUUCGUCAAGCCGUUGGCACUGUACUUCGUUGCACGGCUUGUAUCCGCAACUGUUUCUCUCUCUUGGUCCCGUCGAAAAGAUCUCCGUCGAGCCACUGACGACGGAAAACUGGUUCAAACUUAGGAUGUACCCAGCACUGCACCCCGGCCACAUUGGACGGCGGCGCACAGAAGCAAGUGGCGGUUUGACCUAGCUACACCUGGUAGGUACAGCUACUACGGCGAAUCGCACGACAACGGGAAUGGACUUGUUGAUCUGGGUGAAGUCACUGAUCUCGUACCUGCGCACUCACAUUUUUCGAGCAGAAAAUCGAGGCUGUUCACAUAAACAGGCCCAACCCGGCUCCGAUUACCGCUUGACCAUAUCAUCAAAACCAAGAAAUGGUUCAGUUCCCGGAACAGCUGUCGAGCAUACGACUCCAUCGACAUUAGCUCAUCAAAUUUUGAGCGCAAAGUUUCAUCUACGUUUUGUCGUCGCCCCUUAAGCUCCGGUUAAACUCGAUCUGCAAUCAUGCGAAACGAGAAUACUCACCUGGUAGGUACAGCUACUACGGCGAAUCGCACGACAACGGGAAUGGACUUGUUGAUCUGUGUGAAGUCACUGACCUCGAACCUGUGCACUUACAUUUUUCGAGCAGAAAAUCGAGGCUGUUCACAUAAACAGGCCCAAUAGGGCUCCGAUUUCAGCUUGACCAUGUCAUCAUAACCAAGAAAUGGUUCAGAUCCCGGAACAGUCGUACAUACGAGUCAGGCGAUUCUAGGUGGAAAAAAGUCCGCAAAACAACCGCCUUACUAAAAGCUCAAGAGCCAGAACAGAAGUUUCAAAAUUCGAAAAAGGACAUCGACAAAUGAGUCUGAAAGAAUUUAAAAACCGAAGUUUCAAAGGUCUAUGAGCGUCAUCAAAUCAAGUACGACUAAGAUCAACUCUCCAUGAAACAAAAGCCACAAUGUUGAAAAAGCAACUCUUUCUAUCUGUUUUUCCAUAUUCGCAUUUUCUUGCUACCUUUAAACUGCGAAAUGGCUCUCAUGUGAAUGCAGACAUGUUUCACUUGAGAAAUGUGUUAUCACGCACAUUAACAACAGCUAAAUCAAUUAUCUGAUCACCAUUGAAAUCACUUGUUGCAACACCAAAUGCAUCCGACCCAGUUAGAUAAGUUUUUCGAGGCUGAAAUGUUCCGUUACCGUUACCGAUCAAUAUACUUACACUGCCAGCCCCAUUUCCAACAACCAGAUCAGUUUUGUUAUCACCAUUGAAAUCACCGGUUGCAACAGAAUGUGAACCGGACCCGGACGGAUAUCUUAUCUGACUUUGAAACGUUCCAUUCCCUUUCGCGAGCAAUAUACCGACAUCGCCAGAAAUAGAAUUUGCAACGGUCAGAUCAACUUUGUGAUCACCAUUGAAAUCACCUACCACAAUACUUGCUAGUCAAAAUUCAAUACUGUGUUGGAAUAAAGCACGGAUGGGUCAGAAUUCCGCUAAAAACCUGAAUUCCUUCCAUUUUCUUUGGCAUCAUCGUCGAUAACAACUACGCCGAGUAGCAUAACGACCACCGAGGGCCACAGUCAUCAUUCAAUCAUGUCUCCACCAACCCUUCUCAAGUAAUCGUGAAGAAACAAUAACGUGGAGUUUUGUUGAGGUCGGGUGGACCAUCCGCAUCCUCUCACUUGUCGACCAUUUCUCAACGGAAAUCAUGUCUGCGUUUAUUUGAGAACAGCAUGCGCGAGAACCAUUUCGCCUGAUAUUAUUGUCGCCAACUGUGACAGCAGUGUCAGUGUUCUCCUGAAUAUAGGAGAAGGCAAAUUUGCUGCUCCAACACCCUAUUCAACUAGCGAUUUCUCAAAUUGUGUGGCGGCAGCUGAUGUCAAUGGUGACAAUAAACCCGACAUUAUUGUCACAAACGUACACUCGGACACUGUUGGUGUUCUUCUCAACACAGGCACUGGUACGUUUCUUGCUCAAACAACCUAUGCAACCGGUCCUUUACCGACCUAUGUGAUAACAGCCGAUGUCAAUGGCGACAAAAAACCCGACAUUGUUGUCACAAACGCCCACGCGAACCAGAUUGGCGUUCUCCUCAACACAGGCACCGGCACAUUUACUACUCAAACGAGCUAUCCAAGUGGUAAUUACCCGAACAAUGUUAUUGCAGUCGAUGUCAAUGGUGACAAAAAACCAGAUAUUGUUGUUACAAACCUCGAAGAAAACACUCUUUAUGUUUAUCUUAACCAAGGAAACGGCACGUUUGCUGCUCCAACAUCCUAUAUAACUGACUUUAAACCAUGGGGUUUGGUAGCAGCCGAUGUCAAUGGGGACGGCAACCUGGAUAUUAUUGUCGGAGACUCCGUGACAAGCAAGAUCGGUGUUUUUAUAGCUUAUGUUGACACACAAAGUUAA